AUGGACUUACUUCUUGACUGUCAAGAACUUCGGCGUCGCGGUCUGUUAUCGCAACUGCAGCUUCAAGAGUACGAGUCAAUUCUUAAAUCUACUUCUUCUCCACCUGAUGACAUUUGUAAACGUCUAUCUUCUAUACUUGUUCAAGAAAUGGACGCUAUCAUAGAAUGUGUGCGCGUGCAAAGUAACCAGCAAAAACAGGGAACGAUUGAUAAUUCGGACCUUACGGCCUUAGCUGUUGGUGGCGCUUUGGGUGCAUUGAAUGCCUGGAUGUGGCCAACUUCUUCUCUAACAGCAACGAAUAAGACCACAAGUUUGUGGGCUAGUGCAUACGACGGUGCCAUCGCUACACUCAACGUAGCCAAACGCAAGCGUCGCGUGCAGCAGCUACAACUAAAAUUAUUGAGUGGAAAUGUAGCCACUAGUAGCCAUGUCGUGUUUUGUAUCAAUGGAUUUAUGACUCAAAGUGAUGACCCACUUCGUAAUUGGCGCGUCUGGAUAGAGGAUGACAAGGAUGCUGCGGUCUUUGCUGUGCAGUGGGAGGCUGGAGACGUCGCUGCUUGGAAUGAAUUUUGCUCACACGUAAAUGAUACACUUGACAGUUCAUCUGUAUCAUCUAUGGUUGCACAUUUUACUGAAAACCCAUGGCACAGUGCUCAGGGCAAGGCGGAGCAAGUGGGAAUGUUGCUUGCACAAAUGCUAUCGCAACGUCCGGUAUCGCUACGCGGCCGUAAAAUCUCGAUGUUUGGGCACUCAUUAGGUGGUGCUGUCAUUUACAACGUUUUUCAAGAGCUUGCAAGGAUACGAUCAGAAAAUAAGGCGACUGAAUUACCUCAGAUUACCAAUGCUGUAAGUUUUGCGGGUGCAUUCAUUCCUGACACACAGGGACUCGAUAAUGUCAUGCAUGGACUCGAUCCGAUUGAAGGGAAAUUUGUUAACGUCUAUUCGACCCGCGAUGGUGUGCUAUCAAAAUUGUUCUGGGCUUUGCAGCUUCCUGUUUAUGGAGGGUAUAAGAUCUCGUGUGCUACCUCAUUUAUUUCGAAGUAA